AUGCCGAAAGUGAGCUCCCGGUCGGGGCCACCCCGGAAGAUGUCGCUGAACAAAUCGACACACUCGAUGAACCCGGACCGGUCUACCGAAGGUCUCAAGGGGGUGGCCAAACCGCGCACGAAAGCGACCAUCAAGCGGUUGCAGAUGUACCGGAACUUCAAGGCGAAGCGCGAUCGCCGAGGCAAAAUCAUCACCCCAGCACCGUUCCAAGGGUGGGUCCCCAGCGGUACAGUGGCCCGUGUCGAACCGUCCCCGAAGUGGUUUGCCAAUUCGCGUGUCAUCUCGCAGAAAUCGCUCCAAAAGUUUCAGGAAGAGAUGGGCAAAGCGGUGAAGGAUCCGUACAAGGUAAUAAUGAAACCUACCAACCUGCCGAUUACGCUGCUGAACGAAUCAGCCCGUUACCAACGGGUGCAUCUGCUCGAUACGGAAAGUUACGAAACGACGUUUGGCAAGAAGAAGCUACGUAAGCGACCGACGCUGAAGGUGCGAGAUUUGGAGGAUCUCACGAAGACUGCGGAAGAAUCGGCCGAGAAGUACGACGAAGCGAAUGAUCACGAUAUUGAGCGGGACGACGGUGGUGUGAAGGAUGCGGUGCGGGAAUACAUUUUUGCUGCCGGUCAAAGCAAACGGAUCUGGAACGAGCUGCACAAGGUGGUUGAUUCGGCGGACGUGCUGCUGCAAGUGCUGGAUGCACGCGAUCCAAUGGGCACCCGGUCGAAGUACAUCGAGAACUUCCUGCGCAAGGAGAAACCACACAAGCAUCUGUUCUUCAUCCUGAAUAAGGUCGAUCUGGUACCGAUCUGGGUGACGCAGCGUUGGGUUGCCAUACUCAGCAAGGAGUAUCCGACAAUCGCUUUUCACGCCUCGCUGACGCAUCCGUUCGGCAAGGGUGCGCUGAUCAAUCUGUUGCGACAGAUCGGUAAGCUGCACGUGGACAAAAAGCAGAUCAGUGUCGGGUUCAUCGGUUACCCGAACGUUGGCAAAUCGUCCGUCAUUAAUGCGUUGCGCAGUAAGAAGGUGUGUAAGGUGGCUCCGAUUGCGGGCGAAACGAAGGUAUGGCAGUACAUUACGCUGAUGAAGCGGAUUUUCCUGAUCGACUGUCCCGGUGUGGUGUACCCGACGGCAGAAACGGACACCGAGAAGGUGCUGAAGGCGGUGGUACGUGUCGAGCUGGUGAAUAAUCCGGAAGACUACAUCGAGGAGGUGCUGAAACGCAUCCGCAAGGAGUACGUCGUGAAGACGUACGGUGUGUCGGAGUGGACGGAUCAUAUCGAUUUCCUAGAACAGAUCGCUCGCAAAAUGGGAAAGCUACUAAAGAAGGGUGAACCGGAUGUACCGACCGUAGCCAAAAUGAUUCUGAACGAUUGGCAACGCGGACGGUUACCGUUUUACGUUGCGCCGGAAGGUUUCGAGGUACCAAAAUCGUUCCACGAACAGCAACAGGCCACGGCACCGGAGCAAAACGACAAGGAUCAGACGGUGCAGGGUGACGAAGAGCAGAAGAGUACGUAUUCCGGUGUAACGGCCACACCGACGAUCCCCGACUCGGUAAAGAAGGGUCGCGAGCUGUUCCAGAUACAGGACUUCCGCAAGAUAAAGGUUAAUCUCGAGUUCGAAAGUGAGGACAUUCGCGAAAUCGACAAGAUCGAUCUGGAGCUGCUGGAGAAAUUGAAGGAAGAGAAGAAGGCGGAAGCUAAAGCGAAGCGAGCCAACCGUAAGAAAGCGGGCAAGGGUGAUGGUGAGGAUGAAGAUUCGUCCGGCAUCAGUGAUUUCUACUCGGAGGAUGAAUAUGAUGAGGAACAGGGUAGGGUGGUGCAUCGUAGCGCCAAGGAGAAGGGUGCACUUACCAAGAAGAAGCGACCGACGAAUGAGACCACUGUUCCGGAGGAUUCCGGAAAGGUGGACGAACCGGAAACGAGCACCAAAAAGCCCGCUAAGCUUACCUCCAGACAGAAGCGUGCGAUUGAGCGGGCAAGUAAGCGCAAAAAGAUAGGCAGCAACUUUUACGAAACGCACAACGUUAAGAAUCGCAAUCGAAAUAAGAAGGCAAAAAUGGAUGAUUAG